GAGCAGCUCAGCCCCUAUUCACAUGUUAAUAAGCCCCUAUAAAUACUAACAACAGCCACUCAGCGCCAGCAACACGUCUCACUAGGAUUGCACAAUAAACACAAGGCGCCUCUCUCUCUCUCUCUUUCUUCCUGAAACCGGUUCCGUUUGCCAGCUGCCCCUCGCUGACGAGGAAAAAGCAGCAGUGGGAGAUCCAACCAACAUGGCCCCCUCGGCUCGGCCCUGCAACGCUGGACUGGAUAUGGAAGAAGAUGAGUCCGACUACGGGAUUCAGAAAGCGGACAGAAAGACUAGGAAACCUCUGGUGGAGAAGAAGAGGCGAGCUCGCAUCAAUGAGAGUUUGCAGGAGCUGCGGACUUUGCUGGCAGAUACAGACUUUCAUUCCAAGAUGGAGAACGCAGAGGUGCUGGAGAUGACGGUGAAAAAGGUGGAGGACAUAUUGAAGAACCGAACCCGAGAAACAGAUACACUCAACCGAGAAGCCAGUGAGAGGUUUGCGGCCGGCUACAUCCAGUGCAUGCAUGAGGUCCAUAUGUUUGUGUCCAGCUGUCCUGGAAUAGAUGCAACGGUGGCAGCGGAGCUCCUCAACCAUCUACUGGAGUGUAUGCCCCUGAACGAGGACCACCUCCAGGACGUGCUAAUGGAUCUAAUCACUGACACUUCUGGGAGUAACGGCAGCACUUGGCACGGAGACGGCGAGGCGCUCUGCGCGACUCUGGUUUCACCUGGAGGAAGGAGUCUGUCCAGCGGCUCGUCCUCGGCGGCCCUCUCCCCGGCCCCCUCCACCACGUCCAGCGAGGACCUGUGCUCCGACCUGGACGAGACCGACAGUGAGCACAACCAGAGCUCCACUGAGGGCUUGGAGAACAGGGAGGCCCUGAGCAUGCCCACCAUGACCUACCCUCGGUCUAUGUGGAGACCCUGGUAGGGGUCUGGGGUUUGGAUGGGAUGCAGUUGGGAUAUGUUGACGCAGGUUUUGUGGGCUUUCUUUAAAGAUGUGACACUGGGCCUCUUACUGGAAGGGAAAAUUCCACCCUACUACACAUCAACACUUUGAAAAUAACCAUUUUUGGUUGUGUACCUUGCAUUUCUGGGCUCAAUAACGUGGAUUUUUUUUCUGGAUUCCCCACAUUGAUGUUCAAUAAUUAAAUUAGCUUUCUUUAGGACACGGAGAGACCAAUCUGUCCACUGAAAACAGCCUCAGUUGACCAAAAUGCAGUGCAACUGCAGAUCUCUUUUUGCGUUUGGUGAGGAACCAUGACUGUGGCUUUUCUCUUCAUCCACAACUGAAUGCAGCAAGUUUACACCCUUUCCUAGGCAGUCUGGGAAAUGUAGGAAAUCACUCAAUGAAGUAUAAGUACAGUGCAAGUUGAUGGAACAAAAUUUCAUCAGAAAAACACUCAAGUGCUUUGGAUAUCACCGAAAAAUGUCUAACAGAGGGUUAAAGGUUGGAGUUUUCCUUUAUCUCAUUAGCGGGGCCCUCCUCUCAAGGGCCCCUGCAGCUUGGUGCCUCCUGAAAGUACUCCCCCUUUCCUUUUCAGUAGUGACUCCCUGGCUUUGAGUCCUCUGUUGUGGCUUUUCUUUACACCUGGAGAAAGAUGAAACCUUCCCUCUCAGCAUUCACUUACAACCCAACAAAGGACAGAUAAGGAACAGUUCAAGUUCACACUGUUUUGUGUCAAUAACUCUGUGUAUAUAGGAUUUGUAUGUGGAGAAAAGCUCUUUUAGUAAAACCGAGAAGUUUGGCAAUGCCUCUGAUUAAUAUAAAUAUUUCUAUUGUAUUUCAUAAAGGCCUGUAGUUUAUUGGACCAGUAGCCUCCUUUAGAAUGACCAAUUUAUGUUGUAAUGAUGUUUAGAAAUGCAAGUAAAAUGUCUGAAUUUGAUAAAUAAAUAAUGGAAGUCAAAAGCUGUUGUCUGACUUGACUCAAUGUAUCAGGACAGGAAACAGGAUAAAAACUAAAAAAUAUAUAUAUGGGUAAAAAGGAUUUCUUCAGGAAAAUAUUUGAGGUAAAAAAUAUUGUCAGGGAAUGUUAAUUUAUUGUUGAAAAAUUACUUUUCAUUGCUGUUCUCUUAAAGGAUGGCAGGAUCAUUUGUGAUUUAGGCCAAUAAACUAUUAAGAACACUGA